AUGGGUUUUUCUGUGCUUUACAAUGGAACGGGAUCAUCAGAUGAUGGAUUCUACAUCACAGCCUUCCACACACUGGGCAAUAAGAACUACCUCAUCCUAGCUCUCUCUAUAAUAUACAUCAUCACUCUAAUGGGUAACUUUGUUCUGUUAGCAGUCUUCAUUAUGAACCCAAGCCUUCAAAAUCCAAAAUAUGUUGCAGUGUGCAAUUUAGCUGUGGUGGACAUCUCUUUGAACAGUGUUAUCAUCCCCCAGAUGGUGCCUGUAUUUGUGUUCAAUCUGAACUACGUCUCCUUUGGGACGUGUUUUUCUCAGAUGUUCUUCAUGCAUUUAUUUGGCGAUAUGGAGUCCUUCUCCCUGGCUCUCCUAGCGUACGACCGUGUCAUAGCCAUCUGUUUCCCUCUGCGUUACCUCACCAUCAACACCAACCUGAGGAUGCUGCUCAUCCUGCUAGGGAUCUGGACUCUGGCCUUCCUCUUGGAGGUCUACCCUGUCGCCCUGGCCUCUAGACUGCCUUACUGUGCCUCUAGGGUGGUGCAGAGCUGCUGCUGUGAGCACGGUCCUGUAUACAGACUGGCCUGCUCUGACAUCUCUUUCAACAGGAAACUAGCAACAGCUAAAACUCUGGCUGUCCUGUUAGGCCCCCUGUCCUUCAUCAUCUUCACCUAUGCUGUGGUGGUGGUUGCGGUGCUGAAGUUUGCCUCGACUACCCAGCGGUGGAAAGCCUUCCACACCUGUCUCACUCACCUGCUGCUGGUCCUGGUGUACUACCUCCCUGUCAUCCUGGCCUACGUCCUAGGUAACCUGCGCCUGGUGCAGUCCUCAGACCUCCUGACUGCCAUCCUCACUGUGUCUGUCACCCUGCCACCCAUGCUCAAUCCUAUCAUCUACAGCCUAAAGACAGAGGAGCUGCGGGAGAAAAUCACCAAACUGUUUGUAAAGACAAAAGUUUCUUCUCACAAAUGA